GAUAGCUAGACAAAAAUAAUAUUGUUGAGGGCCUUGUGCACCUUGUACCCAGGUCACUCUUGCACAGUCGGGACUCUGCUGGUCUCUAGAACUCUCUCCGGGUUAACCAAAACAAAACUUGACUUUAUUUGCAUAAAAGCGACACACCAAUCAUGCACACUUCCCUUGAAUGCCUCUUGCUGCAGCUGGCUGCCAGUCCAACCCAUGUCUCAACGGAGGGACUUGCGACGAUGAGUUGUACUACCCCAACUACUGGUGCGCUUGCAUCCCGCCAUGGUCGGGCAGCAACUGCGACUACUAUGUUCCUACACCUUCCCCUGCUGGCUGCCAGUCCAACCCAUGUCUCAACGGAGGGACUUGCGACGAUGAGUUGUACUACCCCAACUACUGGUGCGCUUGCAUCCCGCCAUGGUCGGGCAGCAACUGCGACUACUAUGUUCCCACGCCUCCCCCUGAGCCUAUUACCACUGCCAGUGAGUAUCCGGUGUCUCACGCAUACAUCACGGUGGUGGAAGUCUCCCUGCAUCUCUAUAAUACGAUGGGCAGAAGAGGAAGCUGCCUCGUCACAGUUUAAUGUUGUGAUGAAGAGGCUGUUGGCGGAGUAGGUUAGAAAAUUCCAGUCAACCAAAUGUCCAUGGAGCAAUGGCUGUGUGUUUGUCUGCAGGGCGGUGCCAGUAUAAUUCGUGUGUCAAUGGGGGUACCUUUGUAAUGGUUCGAUUGAGGUGCUUACACUCAUGUGGAGGCAGCACUAUUUAUUUAACACAACUGCAACACAAUUAUAACACACCCUACACAUAAGGUGGUGGCCACCGUCCUACUCUCGCUAACACUCGGGUACUACUUGGCGUGGCCAAGCCAGGAGGGUUUCUGCUUGGUCACGAUGACUGGAGGCUUCUUUCUUCAGAGUCUGCAUGAGACGUCUUCCGCCCAGGCAUCAACAGCCCAGCUCUCUGCGCUGAGCCCGCUUAUAAGCCUCUCUGGCGUGGCCGGCCACACCCUGGCCACGCCCCCUUCUCGAACCCACGAGAAGGCUCCACUCCCCGACCACGUGACCCCCAGGGUCCCCCAGGGCCCCUGGCCCCCUCCUGGAUCCGUGUCCAGCCGGUGAAACUCGGAGUGCCAUGGCCUGACACCGCCCCCGUGGCACCCAUCAACAGCUUCCAUACCGAACAGGCAGUGUCGUCACGCGUACAGACCCAACAUAGCAGUGACGUCAUGUGUGUACAGACCCAACAUAGCAGUGACGUCAUGUGUAUACAGACCCGAUACAGUAGUGAUGUCAUAUGCCACUACACCUGUAUGGAAAAGUCAUACUACUACCCCUACUACCAGUGCAGCUGAAAUCCAGGUUUCAGGCACUCCCCGGUUACGGAAGGGUUAGGUUCCCAAGAACGAUUCGUAACCCGAAUUUUCCCUAUUUUAGGAAAGUGAACAAUUUCCCCCCACAAUCAACGAUAAAAUCCCAUAGCCGGAAAUAGCUGUGCCUACCCUACUGUUUUUUUUUUUAAUCAGUACUGCAUCGUGCUAUAGUCCAUUCUCUAUCGCUACCUUAUCGUAUAGUGGUACAUACACUCUGCACUUGCUAUGAUUAUUUCCUUUAAUCGAAUAUCUACCCUAACACUACCCAUUAUUAAACUAAUGGAACAUACACUGUAUCCAAUUGUUUAUGAGUACCACGAAAUAUUUUAAGGUUGAUUGUUAUUAAAAAAAAGCAAUCACUUCCGAAUGUCCGUUUACCGUGCAUUAGGCCAGGCCUAGACUUCUCCGAUCACUGCUGGGCUGAGACCAUAAGCGUUCGAAGUGUCAUUGUGUUAAAUAAAGUACACACAGACACGUGGAAAAAAAUAUAGCUCUAAGCAUAGAAAACAAACACGUAAUGCUACAAAAUUAAAAUAAUUACAUAACGCUACAAACAGUUCCAUUGACCUUAAUCCCGGUGAAGCUCAGGCUUACGCCUCGUACAGCGAUAUUCAUCCGCGACCUGACCACGCUGCACUAUUUGCCACUUACGUAACUAACGCGAACAUCUCCGCACGUUGACAUUUUUUUAAAAGCACGAUUCAUGGGAGCAUUUCCGUAAACUCGGAUUUCCGUAAGUCGGCUCUUCCGCAAGCCGGGGACUUUCUGUGUUCGGGUGCCAGGUGUGACCAUCCCGGUGAGAAUGGCCUUGACUGCAGUCUCAGUGGUGUCCAAGGUGCGCAAAUAGUGAUGCGUGCGUCUCUUUAUUCGGGCAAACGUGAGGUGUUGUUUUCUCUGUUGGUACCCUACAGUGACGAAGGAUUCAACUUUCUUUGAGUAGGGGACGACAGCAUUGCAUGCGUAUAUACAUCGGUACAGCGUAUGGUACAGCGUGUGCUUUAAUGCACUCGUCAGAUGCAGGCAAACCUCAACUUUUCGCAAUAACGCUGGGAACUCCUUUUGUAAAGAACUUCACUAUUUGCCCCUUACGCAACUAACGAAGAUGUCACUUUGCUUAAAGGGCCAAACCUUCACCCUCCUUUCACUCUGUACAAAUUCUUACCUGUGUGGUCUACCAAUAAUAAUAACUAAACACAAGAACAUGAAUAUAAAUUCGCAAUUGAUCACAAUAUGUUUGAGUUUGUCUCUAAAAUGCUGGACAUUCUUUGUUUGCAGGACAUGGAGCCACUCACAGUAAGUCCUUCAUUAUUACUUUGUAAUCAGAGAAGCAUUACAUUCAUUCAGUUGCAGGCUGUCACCUAACCAGGUAACAUUUGCAGUGCAUUACAGUUUAGAUUUACAUUGCAAUAAAAUCGGAAGGGCAUCUCAGUAUAACGCACAGGACCAGUGGGCUGUACUUAUGUAAUAAGAGGCAGUCAGUCAUAUGCAGUGAAAAAAGGAAAACUUAAGCCGUAGCUCAGGACGAGUACACGGAGGAUCUUGAUGAUGGCAUCUGUUAUCAUUUGGUCUGGGAUUGGAUUAGGAGGCAGCGGAGGAUUUGAAGUAGUAUUUUGAUGAUGUGGUCUCGUUCAUUAUGUGUGGCUGAUGAGUCUGGUGGUGGCAUUUUGGAUCAUCUGGCAUUUAAAGAUGAGGGAUUUGGGGAGUGAGUUGCAGUGUUUUUUAUUGGACAAAUUCAGCAGUGGUUGGAAAAUGUUAUGACAAGAUGUCGUCCUGGAUCACACCACGAAACAUGAUCUGCCAUUUUAUAACCUUAGCACUGCCAAGAAAUAUACCACUGUGUAUUUACCGUGUUUAUGUUUACUCACGAAAGUGAUGGAUUACAAUAAUGUAUCGAUUUAUCUACCUACUGUCACCUGCGUCACCGUAUGUUCAUGUUUGUAUUUCUAUUUCAAAUAUCGUCGCCUUCUCAGAAGCAGGACGUACCCCUGGUAAGUACGCUGCUCUCUCCCGUAUCUACAAGAGUACUCACACGGAUGUUCACGUGACAUAAUGGGAAGCCUACAAUGUCUUCCCUCCACUGUUGGAGCAACACCUGACACGAUUUAAAAUGAUAACAUGCUGCCAAAUGUCGCCGAUGUACAUGGAAUACGAGCGCUCACCCCGUUAUAAAUUGCGUGUCGUUGGAAUUGCAGUUGGCACAGUCGCAUGUCAAUUAUCCACGUGCAUGAACGGUGGUACCUGCGAGGACCGGUGGACCUACCCCUACUACCUGUGCCUCUGCACAUCGGAAUGGAUGGGCAGCCAAUGUCA